CCGGAGCCGAGGCGGCAGAUAUCCACGCAGGCGCUGGCGGACCCCUCCUCCCCUCCUUUCCCCCCGGAGGAGCCUGGGGAGGGCGGUCCCCUCUCAGGUCCGCGCGAGGAAGAAGAGGAGGAGGAGAGGAGGAGGGGGAAGGAGAGGAGGAGUUAUGUAGAUGACGGAUGAACGUUUCUGGAGUGGCGGGGCGAGCCGAGAGGCAUAAGCGCAGCCGGGGAAGCGGAGCACGGGCGGCCAGGCAGCCGAGGAGGCCUUGGCGAGCCGGAGGAGGGGCCGCAGCCCGAGGAGGCGGAGGCGGAGGCGGAGACAGGCGGUUGCUGUGCAAACGAGGCGCCUCGCCGGAGCCGCAGCUGCACUUGGACGCCGCGUUCCCUCCCGGACGGGACGAGCGAGGAGGAGGAGGAUGUGGAAGAGCUGACCGAGCUCGAUGCCGCCGCGCCGCGUCCUGGACUGAAGGGUCUCCUCUCCCCUCCUCCUCCUCCUCCUCCUCCUCCUGCUGCCUCUGGAGGUGAACCUGCGUCGAGCUGUUCCUCCUCGACAGCGCGAGGGGAAUCUCUCCCCCUCCCCUCUUCUCCCCUUUGAGAGAGAGAGAAAAACCCACCCGAGUGUGCGUGUUCUGUUUUUGUUUUGGCUGUUCGGAAGGGGAGAGAGAGAGAAGAGGGAGAAGGAGGUGGAGAAGGAGGAGGAAGGCAGCGAAGGCAAGGAGCGCGCGCUCUCUCUCUCUCUCCCGCUCGCCCGCCGUCUCUGCCUUCUCCAUUGAAGCACAGUUCACUAUGAUCUUACUCGCCUUCAGCACUGCAAGCCGGGGGGAUUUCGUGCAUCAUUCCAGGGUGUUUUUCUUGCAAGCCUUGCUUUGGAUUUUAUGGGCUACUGGGUGCAGAGCGGAGCAGUAUUUCAAUGUAGAGGUGUGGCUACAAAAGUACGGCUAUCUUCCACCAACUGACCCCAGAAUGUCAGUGUUGCGCACUGCAGAGACAAUGAAAUCUGCUAUAGCUGCUAUGCAGCAGUUCUAUGGCAUUAACAUGACAGGAAAAGUGGACAGGAACACAAUCGAUGAUAUCACCUUAAGCUGGAUGAAGAAGCCUCGUUGCGGUGUGCCUGAUCAGACACGAGGCAACUCCAGAUUUAAUAUUCGUCGAAAGCGAUACGCAUUAACAGGACAGAAGUGGCAACACAAACAUAUCACUUACAGCAUAAAGAACGUCACUCCGAAAGUAGGAGAUGCUGAAACCCGUAAAGCUAUUCGCCGUGCCUUUGACGUGUGGCAGAAUGUAACCCCUCUGACGUUUGAGGAAGUUCCUUACAUUGAACUAGAGAAUGGCAAGAGGGACGUGGAUAUUACAAUCAUUUUUGCAUCAGGUUUUCAUGGAGACAGCUCUCCCUUUGAUGGGGAGGGAGGAUUUUUGGCUCACGCUUACUUUCCCGGGCCAGGAAUUGGGGGAGAUACUCAUUUUGACUCAGAUGAGCCAUGGACUUUGGGAAACCCUAAUCAUGAUGGGAACGAUUUGUUUCUAGUUGCAGUUCAUGAACUGGGACAUGCUUUGGGUCUGGAGCAUUCAAAUGACCCUACUGCCAUCAUGGCUCCAUUUUACCAGUACAUGGAAACCGACAACUUCAAACUACCUAAUGAUGAUUUGCAGGGAAUCCAAAAGAUAUAUGGGCCACCUGACAAACUCCCGCCACCAACAAGACCUCUGCCAACAGUGCCCCCACAUCGUUCUGUCCCUCCAGCAGAUCCACGGAAGAAUGACAGGCCUAAACCUCCACGGCCACCCACAGGAGACAAGCCUUCUUACCCUGGAGCCAAGCCCAACAUCUGCGAUGGAAAUUUUAACACUCUAGCCAUUCUUCGUCGGGAAAUGUUUGUUUUCAAGGAUCAGUGGUUUUGGCGUGUCAGAAACAACCGAGUGAUGGAUGGAUACCCCAUGCAGAUUACUUACUUCUGGAGGGGGCUGCCGCCAAGUAUUGAUGCAGUUUAUGAAAACAGUGAUGGGAAUUUUGUUUUCUUUAAAGGUAACAAGUUCUGGGUCUUCAAGGACACCACUCUCCAGCCAGGAUAUCCUCAUGACUUGAUAACAUUGGGCAGUGGGAUUCCACCCCAUGGUAUUGAUUCAGCAAUUUGGUGGGAAGACGUUGGGAAAACCUACUUCUUCAAAGGAGAUAGGUACUGGAGGUACAGUGAAGAUAUGAGAACUAUGGAUCCUGGUUAUCCCAAACCAAUCACAAUAUGGAAAGGUAUCCCGGAAUCACCUCAGGGAGCCUUUGUCCACAAAGAAAAUGGCUUCACGUAUUUCUACAAAGGCAAAGAAUACUGGAAAUUCAACAACCAGAUGCUCAAAGUAGAACCUGGAUACCCCAGAUCCAUCCUAAAAGAUUUUAUGGGUUGUGAUGGACCAGCAGACCGGGACAAAGACCGACACAGCCCUCAGGAUGACGUAGACAUUGUCAUCAAACUGGACAACACAGCCAGCACUGUGAAAGCCAUAGCCAUUGUCAUUCCCUGCAUCCUGGCCCUGUGCCUCCUUGUCUUGGUUUACACUGUGUUCCAGUUCAAGAGGAAAGGAACACCCCGCCACAUACUGUACUGCAAACGCUCUAUGCAAGAGUGGGUGUGAUGUAGGGGUAUGUCUCUCUCUCUCUCUCUCUCCCUCUCUCUCUCAUAGGAGUUCGUGGUAACUUGAGAUCAACCGAAGAGCUGUUAUGCAGUUUCCUAUCUAGGAGCAGGCAUCUGUCCAGCCCCUCGACCAGGGCUGAUCUUUAAAACCCAGGGGGCUGCCUGCACCCUGCACAGGAAGUAAGAGUUCACUCCAGUGGGAAGCUUCCAUCGUACACAGUAUCUGCCGUUCCUCCAGUCCUUUUGUCUUUCUUUGUCAUUCGGUUCUAGCCUUUUUCCUCUCUGCACGCUCAGUACACCCAAUGCAAAACUAUCGGGAUUUUUCCAUAAAGAAGAGGAAAUAUUACAGCAAAAAUAUGGGAAAACAAGAAGCGUCUCCAGUGUCUCUGUUGGGGUUUUUUCUGUCCCCUUUGAAGCCUGCUCCCCUUUGAAAGAGUUUUGCGUGAGGUUUAAAAAACAAAAAAAAAAUAAUAAAAAAUGUAAUCAAUUUUUUUU